AACGGACGCCCGGUGAGAGAGAACAGCAUCGCUCUGCGUUACAUCAUCGACCCAACGACCAAUCAGGAGAGAGAAGACUUCCCUGGACACGAGUACAUGAACCAGGUUUUGAACCCGAACUACGAGGACCUGAGUCGGGGUUGUGUGGAACUGAAGCCCUUCUCUCCUGUUUCCGGGGGACCAGAAUACCUGAACACCGCCCAGAACUCUCUGCCUCUGACGACCAAUGACAGCCUCGAUAAUCCAGACUAUCAGGCUGACUUCCUGCCGCCAAACGCCCACUUCCUGCCGGCCACGGAGAACCUGGAAUACCUGGGGGCGUCACUAAACAAAGCUAACGUACGCUAACGGUUAGCAACGCUUCAAACUGUGGAGAUUUGAGGCAGCUUGAGAGUAUUUAAUUUAACCGUUUCUCAUUGAGUUUCCCAGGAACUAAAUCCCAGAAUUGGACGUUAUUGGACAUUACGUUACGUUAUUGGACGUUACUGGACAUUAUGUUACGUUAUUGGACGUUACUGGACAUUAUGUUACGUUAUUGGACGUUACUGGACAUUACGUUACGUUAUUGGACGUUAUUGGACACUACGUUACGUUAUUGGACGUUACUGGACAUUACGUUACGUUAUUGGACAUUACUGGACAUUAUGUUACGUUAUUGGACGUUACUGGACAUUACGUUACGUUAUUGGACGUUACUGGACAUUACGUUACAUUAUUGGACGUUACUGGACAUUAUGUUACAUUAUUGGACGUUACUGGACAUUAUGUUACAUUAUUGGACGUUACUGGACAUUAUGUUACAUUAUUGGACGUUACUGGACAUUAUGUUACAUUAUUGGACGUUACUGGACAUUACGUUACGUUAUUGGACGUUACUGGACAUUACGUUACGUUAUUGGACGUUACUGUUGUGCACCGUCAAAAGUGUUAGUCAGUCAUGUUUCAUGUUUAUGUUGUAUUGUUUUUCACUUCCUGUUUUGUUUUUGUCACGUCUCAUUUCAGGUCCCUUGACUCCCUUUCCUCAUGUGUUCUCCCUUUCCUCAUGUGUUCUCCCGCCCUCAUGUGUUCUCCCGCCCUCAUCAGUGUCAGCCCCGCCCCUGAUUGUGUUCACCUGUGUCUUGUUGUUGAGUGUUUAAAUUCCCCAGUCUCCAGUGUCAGCUCGUCUUGUCUUGUCCUCAUGCCAGUACUCUGCUCGUCGUCGAUUGGUUCUUUUGUCAAACCUACGUUAUGCUUCUGGAACUUAUUGAAAGUUUAAUUCCUCACGUUGUGAGCGAUAUUUUGUUGUAUCUUUUUGGACCCUUUUUUGUCACCUCGUAAGAGUGUUUUUCUUUUGUAUAUAUUUUGUGGAAGAAAUAAAGUAUAUUAAUUAUACUUUACAGUACCUCUGGCUCGCGGGUCGUGCAUUUGAGUCCUUACCUUUGAGUAUCCAAGUUCGUAACAGAACGAACUGACCACAAUGGACUCAGCCGACCCAAAAGCUCUUCACGCCGCCCUGUCAGCCCAAGGCGCGAGGAUUUUUCAUCACGAGGAACAGCUGGGAUUAAUCAGCCAAGGAGUGCAGGCACUGGUAGGAAACCAGGCCGAACUCCAAGUUUCCGUCUCUGCACAGAUACGACAGCUGACGGAUCAGAUGCAACAGUUCAUCACUCACCUUCAGACUGCUCCGCCGAUGACGUCAGUCACAGCUGACCGCCUGCAUGUCGCGGAUCCUGUUGACGCUGUCAAUCCAAGCCAGGCUGUGUCUUCCUCACUACGGCUGGCUCUCCCGGAGAGGUUUUCCGGUGAUUCCAUCAAUUGCAGAGCUUUCCUGGUGCAGUGCGACCUGCAUUUCCAACACAACCCAGGGGCUUUUUCAUCAGACCAUGGUAAAGUGUCGUUCAUUGUGUCCCAUUUAACGGGAAGAGCUGCAGCCUGGGCUACUGCAGAAUGGUCCAGAGACACGGAACUAUGUUACUCAUUACCCGACUUCACAGACACUAUGAGUCGUAUUUUUGACCAUUCAUCACCUGCAACAGAAGCCAGCCGAAAACUACUCCAGAUGCGGCAGCAUAAGCGCCAGGUGGUGGAUUAUGCUAUCGAGUUUCGCACGGCAGCAGCGGACAGCGGGUGGAAUAUUCCGGCUCUUCGCGACGCUUUUCUGACUGGAUUAUCAGAUCCAAUCAAUGACCAGCUGGCUCCCCUGGAGGUACCCCGGGACCUGGAGUCUCUCAUCGCCGUUUCCAUCCGGAUCGACAACCGUCUUCGGGAAAGAGAGAGAGAACGUCGACGCAGCCGUGACGGACAUCCCAGUUUCCAGGUCUUUUCUCCACGAGCCUUUCCACCAGAGGAGGUUUUCCAGCCAGCGGAUUCGGUCCGUUGGAGGACAGCACCUCCGCCUGAUGCAGAUAAACCCAUGCAGUUGGGAAGGACCAGGCUUUCCAUGGAGGAGAGACAGCGCCGACUACGAGAAGGGUGUUGUUUCUACUGUGGCCAGCCGGGUCACCAACUCGCGUCAUGUCCGGGAAAAGAGCAAGCUUACCAGCCAAGAGGAGGGCGCUGGUGAGCAAGUUUCCCACAGACUUUCCUCCUCGACCAGUUACCAAGGUAAACAUUUGUAUUAAUGAUCAGGUCAUUGCCCAAGGAGUGCUAAUAGACUCAGGAGCGGACGAAAGUCUUAUGGAUUGGGGCAUAGUCAAACAGCUUGGUAUAAAGACUGUUCCUCUAUCUUCCCCCAUUAACGCCAGUGCUUUAGACGGACGUUUGUUGUUUACAGUCACCCACUGCACAGAACCUAUCCAGAUCACUGUAAAUAAUGACCACACUGAAGUUAUGCAGUUUCACAUUUUUGAAUCUGCUCAGCAUCCGAUUAUUUUGGGUUUUCCGUGGUUAAAAAUCCACAACCCACACAUUGACUGGCACUCAGGACAAAUUAAGGAGUGGGGAGAGGAUUGCAUUAACAGGUGUAAACAUUCACGCUCUGUUAAGGCACCAACAGACCCUAGUAGGAUCGUCAUAGAUCACCCAGACUAUCCUGACCUACAGAAAGUACCGUUAUGUUAUCACGAUCUAAAGGAAGCCUUUAACAAAUCAAAAGCCAUGUCGCUACCUCCUCACAGACCUUUUGAUUGCCCCAUUAAUCUCUUACCGGGGGCUCCCAUUCCCAAGGGAAGACUGUAUUCGAUCUCAAGGCCAGAGAGAGCGGCAAUGGACGACUACAUUUCCUCUUCUCUUAAAUCAGGGAUUAUCCGUCCUUCAUCUUCCCCAGCUGGAGCGGGGUUUUUCUUCGUAGGAAAGAAGGACGGUUCUCUGAGACCUUGCAUAGACUACAGCCCUCUUAAUGACAUUACGGUGAAAAACCGCUAUCCUCUGCCACUCAUGUCCUCUGCUUUCGAGCUACUUCAGACUGCCAAGAUUUUUACCAAGCUGGACUUAAGAAAUGCAUAUCACUUGGUUAGAACAAGGGAAGGGGAUGAGUGGAAAACAGGGUUUAACACUCAGAGCGGUCACUAUGAAUACCUUGUGAUGCCUUUUGGACUGUGUAAUGCACCGGCUGUGUUUCAGGGUUUUGUGAAUGAGGUUUUGCGGGAAUUUUUGAAUGUUUCUGUGUUUGUGUACCUUGAUGACAUUUUGAUUUUCUCACCAGACUCUAAGUCCCAUGUUCACCAUGUCCGUCAGGUUCUGCAGAAACUACUCGAAAAUCAAUUGUAUGUCAAGGCAGAGAAGUGUGAGUUCCACGUAGAAAAGGUGGCCUUUCUAGGGUCGUGCAUUUCAGUCCUUACCUUUGAGUAUCCAAGUUCGUAACAGUUACUGGACAUUAUUGGACGUUACUGGACAUUAUGUUACGUUAUUGGACGUUACUGGACAUUAUGUUACGUUAUUGGACGUUACUGGACAUUACGUUACGUUAUUGGACGUUACUGGACAUUACGUUACGUUAUUGGACGUUACUGGACAUUACGUUAAGUUACUGGACGUUAUUGGAUAUUAUGCUAAGUUAUUGGACGUUACUGGACAUUACGUUAAGGUAUUGGACGUUACUGGACGUUAUUGGACAUUAUCUUAAGUUAUUGGACAUUACGUUAAGGUAUUGGACAUUAUUGGACGUUAUUGGACAUUAUGUUACGUUAUUGGACGUUACUGGACAUUACGUUACGUUAUUGGACGUUACUGGACAUUACGUUAUGUUAUUGGACGUUACUGGACGUUAUUGGACACUAUGUUACGUUAUUGGACAUUAUGUUACGUUAUUGGACGUUAUUGGAUGUUAUUGGACAUUAUGUUAUGUUAUUGGACAUUAUGUUACGUUAUUGGAUGUUAUUGGACAUUAUGUUACGUUAUUGGACGUUAAGUUAUUGGACAUUACGUUAUGUUAUUGGACGUUACUGGACGUUAUUGGACGUUAUUGGACAUUAUGUUACGUUAUUGGACGUUAUUGGACGUUACGUGGCAUUACGUUACGUUAUUGGCGCCAUUAAAAGCUCUUCAGUGUCACCAGAAGAGAGAUUAGUUAGAGAUUUUACUCGGUCCAUAUUGGUCUCUUUGGGAGUGAAGAGGACAACAUAUAAGAGACGCAUUGAAGCCCUACAUACUUCUUCCUUUCUGCCGUCCCUCGGACACGAUCUGACUCAAACCGAUGAAAAGGUGCAGAUAGGAUUUAAGACGACAGCAGCAGGAAUCAAUUCAGAAGUCUACCUUUAAUUAGCUUUUAGCAAUUAAGAGAAAACACUGAUCUGAGGUGGAAUCAAUGUUCCUGUAAUCACUCUUCAGGCGCAGCAGCACCCCCUGCUGGUGGAGAGGAGGAUCUAUUGCACGUCUGUCCGUCCUGGGAGAGGACUGUGGGUUUUCUCUGGAAGUUUUUCCUUGUACGAUGUGAGGGUCUAAGGACAGAGGGUCUAAGGACAGAGGGUCUAAGGACAGAGGGUCUAAGGACAGAGGGUGUCGUUUUUCUCAUACUGAUAUUCUGAACAAUCUGUGUUGUAUUUGCUGUAAAGUGUCUCUACUGUAGGCUAUUUUUAUUAUAUGUACAGCACUUUGGCUCCACCAAACAUCGCUUAUAAAUGUGCUAUAUAAAUACAACUUGAUUUGAUUUAGAUACUCUAGUUAUUAUGUAAAAGCGCUCUAAUAAAAAAUGUAAUGCAUCAUUAUGUCCUUUCUAUUGUGAAUUUGUGCUAAUUUUGUAUUAUAUUUGAUUCUUAUUGUAUCUUUUAAAUAUGUGUAACUCGUGUAAUGCUUGACCACACUGCUGUGACAAAACAAUUAUCCACAUUUAAAGAAUUUUAAGAAAUGUGCUAAAUAAAACUUGAUCUGCAUCAACAGAGUUUUUUAACACACUGA